ACAGGCUGCUCUGCCUUAUAAACACGGGGAGAAUGUAGACGUCACGACACAGCGGAGCGGAGCUUCACAGGAACCAGUUGAGCUGUGGAGCGGGACGGCAAACCAUGCUGCUGCUUUUGGACAGGUUUCUGCAUGACUGCUGCUCUCGUUUCCCAGGUGCUGAGAGCUCUGAUCGUGGUGGGUCUGGCCGCCCCGCUGCACGCCGCUAAGAACAACCGCUCGGCGCCCGUGAAGCUGUGGAAUGGAACCGGACUCAGAGGCAAGACGGUGAAGCUGCUCCUGGACCCCUCGGUGCAGCUUCGCGCCCCCAGCAGGUCCGUAUCCUCCAUCGCCAGCCAGUCCCUGUCACCGUGGACCUACAGCUACUCAAUUGAUGAGUCGCGAAUUCCCAGGAGCAUCGCCCAGGCCCAGUGCCUCACGUCUGGCUGCCAGACCCUGCAGGGAGGAGGCGAGGAUCUCGCUUUGGAAGCCAAACCCAUCUACUACCAGGUGCUGGUUCUGCACAGAGUCCAACAAAAUCCAACCAAAAGUCCAACCAAAAAGAAAAAGAAGUAUAAAUACAAACUAGGGACGGAGCUGGUUGCAGUGGGCUGUACCUGCGUGAGGCCCAGUGUCCUACCACAGCAGUGAUUCCUCAUGAACUGUGAAAAAGCCUUUGUAUUCUAUCCUUAGAGUUAGCGAUUUCCUGAUGCAGCUUGUAACUCACUAGCUGCACACUGUGACUAUUCAGGCAGCAGCUGAGGUUCUUUCUGCCCCUAGUGGUGAAAAAGUAUGUGAAGCUGCUCUAACAAGCGGUAAAAAGAUGUUACACAGUUAUUGUAUCAUUUCAAGAUGUGUUAUUUUCUAAAGGCGCUGUUGAAUUACAUAUUUUAAUAUUGUUACAUUAUGUAACAUUAAUAUAAUUUUUUGUUUUCUUUUUGUGAUUUGUUUGAUUUUACUUGUUUAGUGUUUUAGUUUAAUUAUAUUAAACCUGUUUUUAUUUUAUUAAAAAUAAAAAAAAAGGAGUUCA